GUUUUAUCAGUUUUGGAUAAGUUUUUAUGUGAAAUUGGAGAAUAAAUUAUAUAUAAUUAUUAUAUUUUCAAAUAACAAAGUUUCUAAAAUUUAUUUUGGUAAUCGUGGCUAUACCUAGCUUACCAUAACUGAUAAGGACAAAAAACAGUGAUUAAAAACUAUUUGUUAAUGAUUAUAAUUUCAAAUACUAUUUAAUUCGUGGCAGUGUUUGUUAAUUACUAUUUACUCGCACUACGUUUACAAAUAUUUUAAUAAUGGGAGAUUCAGGAAUAAAAAAAGCUUUGAUUACAGGAAUUACCGGUCAGGAUGGAUCUUAUUUGGUUGAAUUUUUAUUGAAGAAAGGAUACGAAGUACAUGGAAUUAUUCGUAGAUCUAGUACUUUUAAUACAUCUAGAAUACAACAUUUAUACGCUGAUCCAAAAUCACAUCGACAAGAAAAAAUGAUCUUACAUUAUGGUGAUAUGACUGAUUCUAGUUGCCUUAUAAAAAUUAUUAGCAAAGUUCAACCGGCGGAAAUUUAUAAUUUAGCUGCACAAAGUCAUGUGAAAGUUUCGUUUGAUUUAAGUGAAUAUACGGCUGAAGUUGAUGCACUUGGUACUUUACGUUUACUUGAUGCAAUACGAACUUGUGGUUUAGAUAGUAAAGUGAAAUUUUAUCAAGCAUCUACGUCCGAGUUAUAUGGAAAAGUUUUUGAAACGCCACAAAAUGAAAAUACACCUUUUUAUCCUCGUUCUCCGUAUGCAUGUGCAAAAAUGUAUGGUUUUUGGAUCGUAGUGAAUUAUCGAGAGGCAUAUAAUAUGUUUGCAUGCAAUGGUAUUUUAUUCAAUCACGAAAGUCCUCGCCGUGGUGAAAAUUUUGUAACACGUAAAAUAACACGUUCCGUCGCUAAGAUAUCAUUGGGACUAUUAGAUUGUAUGGAAUUAGGUAACUUAGAUUCAAAGCGUGAUUGGGGUCAUGCCAAAGAUUAUAUUGAAGCCAUGUGGAUGAUGCUUCAACUAGAUAAACCAGAGGAUUUUGUUAUUGCUACCGGAGAAUAUCACAGUGUACGAGAAUUUGUAGAAUUAGCUUUUAAAUUUAUAUCAAAAGAAAUUGUUUGGGAAGGUGAGGGUAUAAAUGAAGUUGGGAAAGAAAAGGAUACAAAUAUAAUUCGUAUUCGAGUCAAUCCAAAAUAUUUCCGUCCAACUGAAGUUGAUGCAUUACUAGGAGAUGCGAGCAAAGCUAAACAGAAACUAGGCUGGUCUCCGAAAGUAACGUUUACUGAAUUGGUGGAAGAUAUGGUGAAAGCCGAUAUUGAAUUAAUGAAAAAAGAUCCAUUAGCCUAAAAAUUUUGAUUUCCUUAAGUAAGAAUGCUCAAGGUAGUGUGUGUUUCAGGAUCAAUAUCUGAGGAGCAAAGUAUGUGUUUAUGUAUUGUUGUUUUUAAACUAUACUGUUUUAUGGAAAGUAUUAUGGUUCAAAUUUUAUUUUUUUAUCAUUACAUUUAUUUUGAUUUUUUAUAAAUAAAUGAGUAGGAUCGAGACUGUUAAAUUGGCUAGAAAUUUAUUUUAUUUUUCUUAUUAUGUAUUGAAAUCAUGCCACAAUGGAAAAAAAUCAUUUGAAAAAUACACAACUGAAAUGAACGCAACUGAAUUACUUUAUGUUGCUGGAAUGUGCAAUAAUAUAUUCGUGUUAAGAAAAUGUGAAACAAAUAUAAUAAUCAGUGAAUAGUCAAAUUUUUAAUUUAAUUUUGUAACAUCCAUGAAAUUUUAUGUUGAAGUCUGUACCACAAGAAAACAUUGUGAGAAAACCUCUUGCCUUUUAUUCAGAUGAAUGGCAGACUGUAAAAAGUUGUUCUCUUUGUUUUACAAAUAAAAGUUAAUUUUUAAGUAUGCAUUAAUAAGUUAUGCAUGUUAUUUUAUACAUUUUUUUGUUGCUUGUGGCUGAAUGUAUGUCCAGUAAUUAUUAGCAGACAGUAAAAAAUUGAUUCCUUUUUUUUCUGCCACUAUCUGACAGCCAAUUGUAAUGUAUUGUAAUGGUGUUGAGGAAAGGCUUAAUUAUUCUCUCCGCUCAUGAAGUUUUUGAUACAUUACGCCAUACUAAUUCGUAAAUAAGAUUUCAUGUAUGUUGCAUACUUAAAUAAAGAAGUUGCAUCAAUUUUUUUUUGGCCACAAAUGAAAGAAUAAUUCAUCUAAAGUAUAUUAAAGUAAUUUUUUUUAAAUUAAUAAUUUAAUUUUUUUUAUUAACUAUUAAUAAAAAAUAGGUAUCCCAUUUAAUAAAAAAAACGGCUUGUGAUUGGUUGUGACGUCUUAAUAUCCGUUGAGGUUGGGAGUCAAUCGAAAUCACGCUAUAUUCACAUUUUUCGGCUUGUUUUCAUGUAAAAUUAUGUUAUAAUAUAAGGAAAACAAGUUGAUAUAUAAACCGUUUAUCAUCUUGCAUGUUAUUUUAUUAUUCGGCGUCCAGCCCAAUUGACUGCUGGUGAGCGCUUACUUAACAGCGGCACUCUAUCUGCGGAAAAUCUAUUUUUUCUUUGAGAAAACUGAUCAGUUCAGCUAAAUGCAGCCAAUUUAUCUUUUAUGUAAGGGGAUGUGUGUAAUAACUUGUAUUAUGUGUAAAAUAAGUUAAAAAUAAAUUUAAACAAUUUUUCAUGA